CGCCGUCGCGGUCGCUUUCGCGAUGACAAAAGUGACAUCAGCGUUGCAACCAAAAAAACGGGAGAAUUUCGAAGUACUCUAAGGUGAAACAACCAACGUCAUGUCUUAGCUUGUAGCUAACUUCAUAUCAAAAUAAAAGUGUGCAACAGUUCCACUUGCAAAAAAAUGAAUUCAAUUAAUUAUAAAAAAAAUGAUAGAAAAGUUUGCUGCGUGCCACAUUGUAAAAUAAAAGAUAAAUCUAAUCUGAGUUUUCAUUUGUUUCCAUCUGAUGUGGUUUCGCGAAAUAAGUGGAUGGAAAUUUUAAAAAUUGAUAGGCCUCAUGAUCGAGAGAUGAGAGUUUGCAGUCUGCAUUUUUCCACUGAUGAUUACAUCAAACGUGCUGCACUUGAGAGUUCUGAGCCGCAUAGGAAAAGAUUGAAAACUGGAGUAUUACCAUCAUUCCAUCAACCCGCAGUGAAAACAAUAACAAAUUUAAACAAAGACAGAGAACAUCUUAACUAUGAAUUACAUACAGAAGAUUAUCCAGAAAGAGGGGAACAAUCGACGUGCGAAGCUAGUGUUGCUAACCAGUGUGUUUCUACUUCAUGCGAUGCAGAUGUUCAGGUUGAUGUCCAAGUCGUCAAGUUCGAUGCAGCAAUCCAAUUGCACAGGAUAACUCGUGAUUUAGCAGUACAAGUGGGAAAUAAUAUGUUGGAUGCAAUAACUCAAACUAGCAUUCCACAAAUGCACGUAGACAAGGGUAUGCAAACAGAUAGUUCAUUGGUGGACGCAAUUAUUCAGAAUGAGACAGAUCUCAGUGGAUUCACUGGUUUGACAUUUUUUGCAUUAUUAACGUCUCUAGUAAUCUGUGUCACAGAAUUGAAAAAGACAAUGGGUCAGAAUCUAAAUGAUCGCCUUGAUGUUAGAAAAAAAAUACUCUUAACAUUUAUAAAAUUGAAAUGGAAUCUAUCAUAUGUUGCAUUAUCUGGGAUUUUUAAAGUUUCACGACAAACCUGUAAAAAUUAUUUUAAUUCCACUUUAAGAAAUUUAUCAGAUGUUUUCUCACCGGUUGUAAGGUGGCCACAAAAAGAAGAAAUACUAGAGAACAUUCCGCGGUGCUUCCAAAAAUACUACAGUACCAGAGUGGUUCUUGAUUGUACAGAAAUCCCUGUCGCAAAGUCAAAAUGUUUAAAAUGUCGUUUUAUGACGUAUUCACAUUAUAAAGGAACUCAUACUGUCAAAUUCAUGAUCGGGGUUACCCCCUCAGGGCUCAUAUCAUUCUUGAGUAAAUCUUUUGGUGGCCGAGCAUCCGAUAAACAAAUUUUUUCAAAAUCAGGAAUCCUAGAAUUAAUGAUCCCAAACGUUGACAGCGUGAUGGUUGAUAAAGGAUUUUUGAUAGACGUGGAAUGUGCUCGGUAUGGAGUUAAAAUGAUACGGCCCCCAUUUUUGAGGAAAAAUAAACAAUUUACUAAGGCAGAAGCGGAAGCAACUGCACGAAUAGCGGCUGCACGGGUGCAUCUUCAAAGGACAAUUCAGAGAAUAAAAAUAUUCAAGAUAUUGCAAGGAAUUCUUCCGCAUCAUUUAGUUAAGAUUUCCAGUAAGAUAAUGACCGUCAUCUGCGGAGUAACAAAUCUGGGCAACCCAAUUCUUGCUGAGGAUAAGUUCUAAUUAAUUUUUGAUGACCUCAUCUUAUCAAAUAUAUUUAAUGCCAUAACAAAUAUAUAAUAACUCAUUAAUUCAGAGGAAAAUAUGAAAUUUUCUAUAGCUCAACAUUAAAUGUUUCUUAACUUUUUCAAUUUUUUUUUCUGAAUUUCUCCGUUUCGAAAAUCUUGGUGAGAUAAUCUGUAAACUCAUUUUGGACUUAU